AUGCUGCCCGAGACCAGCAUCCUGUCUGCCCCUGCACACAUGGAUGUCAUCGAAAACCACGCCGCCGCCUCCAAGUAUGUGCUUGGCCAAAUCAUUAACUCGGUGCUGCACCAAAUCUUGCACCAGUCAAGCGACCUGGACGACGAAGCGCUUGCCCUGGCCACCGCCGAUGCUCACCAAGAUGCUCACCAAGAUGCCCACCAAGAUGCCCACCAAGAUGCCCAGUCUCAGGCUGCCACCCUCGCUCGCCUCUCGCGGGCCCAGCAGCGGUUCAAGCACCGGUUCUCGGGCGAACUCAUUUCCGGCCUGCUGGAAGCCACUCACUCUGCCCUCUCCAUGUCGACGAUUGUGAUUGCCCUGAUAUACGUUCAGCGGAUCGCCGAUACGCACCACGGAUUCCGGGUUUCGCUUGGCUGCGAACCGCAUCUCUUCCUCGUGGCCCUCAUCAUGGCCUUCAAGCUCAACGAGGACUGUGCAAGCCAAUACACCCUGCGGGUGUGGUCCAGGAUCACCGGCUUGCCGCUCAAGACGCUCAAUCGCCUCGAGCGAGAGCUGUGUAUGGCCCUCGACUACGAGUUUGCCGUUGGCCAGCACACCUAUGACAUGUGGUGGGACUUCUUGUCGACCCACAUGGCACAUGCGUCGCAGUAG